GAGCCAACUGACUGAUGAAUAAGGAAAAUGCAGGCUAAACAGCGCUACAUUCUCCUUUUCCUUUCCUGUGCCUUCUUAGCGUUAUGCUAUUUUGGAGGUUACAGGUUAAAAGGACUCUUCCCUGAUCGGGGCAGACACUGGCCUCCAUUGGAUUGUUACAUGGACAGUGAGGAAUUGAUGGAGCACAGAUCGUUCUGGUCGCUUCCACCAAAGCAGAGACGAGAUGAAGCCAAGACAACAACUGUCAGGGAACAGUGUCGAAUGGAAACAUGCUUUGAUUUCACCAAGUGUGCCAGUGGUUUCAAGGUCUAUGUUCAUCCAGUGGAAGAAUCAGUGGCCAUGAGCUCAACUUAUAGGAAAAUAUUGAAUGUCCUCACGGAAUCCAGGUAUCACACGAUGGAUGCUAGUCAGGCUUGCCUGUUCAUAUUGGGUCUUGACACACUAGACCGGGACAGCCUCUCAUCAGACUUUGUCAGGGGAAUGCAGUCCAAGCUCAACAGUUUGCCUCACUGGAAUGGUGGGCAAAACCACAUCAUUUUUAAUUUCUACUCGGGCACGUGGCCGGACUACACCGAGGACCUUGGAAUGGACAUUGGCCGGGCCAUUCUGGCCAAGGCGAGCAUUUCAGUGCAAAAUUAUCGGCCGUCUUUCGACAUAUCUCUUCCCCUGGUGCAUAAAGAGCACUUGGAGAGAGGCGGCGAUAUAUUGCCCGUCUACGCCGAGAAUAUUCCCGCCGCUUCAAAGUCCUACUUGCUGGCCUUCAAGGGCAAACGCUACGUCUACGGCAUCGGCUCCGAGACGCGCAACUCGCUCUACCAUCUCCACAACAGCCGAGAUGUCAUUAUGGUCACCACCUGUAAGCACGGCAAGAGCUGGAAGGAGCUGAAAGACGAACGCUGCGAGGAAGAUAACGCCGAAUACGACAGAUACGAUUAUGAAGUCUUGCUGCAUAAUUCGACGUUCUGCCUGGUGCCGCGAGGACGGCGUCUUGGCUCCUUUCGCUUCAUCGAAGUCCUUCAAGCCGGCUGUAUUCCCGUCCUCCUGUCCAACAACUGGGUGAUACCCUUUUCAGAGAUCAUUGACUGGAAGACUUCGGCCAUUUGGGCGGAUGAACGGCUUCUCCUCCAGGUGCCGGAUAUUGUCAGGUCCAUCGAAGCCGAACGGGUGAUGGCCUUGCGGCAGCAAUCUCAGCUCUUGUGGCACAUGUACUUCUCCUCCAUCGACCGGAUUAUCUUCACCACCCUCGAGAUUGUCCGCCAGAGAAUCCAUCAGCAUUUAUGGAAAGACGGACGAGUGUGGAAUAGUUUUCCAGGCGGAUUGGUGACAUUGCCGGAUUACACGGACACACCGUCUCGUUUGCCGUGGAACCAGCAGCAAUCCACAAGCAUGACGCUCGCUAAUGGUGGUCAAAAGAAUAAGAAUGCCAGCCAGUUUACGGCCGUCAUUUAUUCCCAGCAACAAGCAGGAAGCCCGUUAGUGCCUGCCACUUCAAGUGGUCCACUACUUCAUCUGCUGCGGGUCGUCUCCAGGAGCCAACAUGUUGCCCGGAUUGUCGUCGUUUGGGCCAGCGAUUCUCCGAAACCUCCGCCUUCGAGAUGGCCGUCGUUGACGCGUGGCAUCCCGCUCCAUAUCGUUGUGCCGCAGCAGAAGCAGAAUAUCGGCGAACGCUUCCGGCCACUGGAUCUGAUCGAGACCGACGCCGUCUUUUCGCUGGACGAGGACGCUACGUUGACGACAGACGAAAUCGAUUUCGCAUUUCAUGUUUGGCGUCACUUUCCGGAGCGGAUCGUCGGCUUUCCGGCUCGAACACACUACUGGGACGAUACCAAAGGACAGUGGGGCUACACGUCAAAGUGGACCAACGAGUACUCGAUGGUCCUGACGGGGGCGGCCAUUUAUCAUCGCUACUACCAUUCUUUGUACACGGAUUGGCUGGGCCCGUUGCUACACAAAACGGUCGAUCAGUCGCGCAACUGUGAGGACAUUCUCAUCAACUUCCUCGUCAGCCAUGUUACUCGCCAACCACCCAUCAAGGUGUCGCAACGGAAGCAGUACAAGAGCAGCAACUUAUCGGCUGUCACGAGUAGAUCACCAUGGAACGAUCCGGAUCACUUUCUACAGCGUCAAACGUGCCUCAACACUUUUGUGGCCCUCUUCGGCUACAUGCCCCUGAUUCGUUCGGCCGUUCGCUUUGACCCUGUCCUAUUCAAGGACCCCGUCUCCAACUUGCGCAAGAAAUACCGGCAAAUGGAAUCGGUCCACAACUAAAGAAA